AUGAUGAGGGCCUUGAUUCAAAAAAAUCAAGGGAAUUUUCUUGAGAUGAUGAAACUUCUGGGUUCAUAUGAUAAAAAGGUCAAUGCAAUGGUACUUGGUAAUGCACCAGGUAAUGCUAAGUACACAUCACCUGAAGUUCAAAAAGAAAUCCUGCAUAUCAUUGCUACUAAUAUGCAGAUUUCAAUACGGAGAGAAAUUGGUGAUGCAAAAUUCUGCUUGAUUGUUGAUGAAGCACAAGAUGAAUCUAAAAGAGAGCAGAUGGCUCUUGUAGUUCGCUUUGUCGAUGCUGAUGGUUUUAUGCGAGAGCGUUUUUUGGAUCCUGUACAUGUUCUUGAUACAACUGCUACAACUCUCAAGCAAGAGAUUUGUUCUGUUUUAUUUGAUCAGCGUUUGGAUGUACAAAAUAUUCGUGGACAAGGAUAUGAUGGUGCUAGUAAUAUGCGCGGAGAAUGGAAUGGACUUCAACGGAAGUUUACUGAAGAAUGCCCUUAUGCAUACUAUGUUUAUUGUUUUGCACAUCAGUUGCAGUUAGCCCUUGUUGCUGCAUCUAAGGAAGUUACUAAAGUUCAUAAUUUCUUUGAACAUCUUGCUAUUGUUGUCAAUGCCGUUGCAUCUUCUUGUAAGAGAAAUGAUGAGCUGCGAGCUAAUCAAGUUAUUGAAAUUCAAAAAUUGGUUGAACUUAAUGAACUUGAAACAGGAAGUGGAGCUAACCAAAUUGGGGCUUUGCAGAGGCCAUGUGAAACUAGGUGGAGCUCUCAUUUUAGUUCGAUUUGUAGCCUUCUGAAACUAUACAAAGCUGCAUUUUUAGUUCUCAAAGAUAUAGCUUCAAGUAAAGGGACAGGUACUUCUCCUUUAGGACGAGCAAAAGCAGCUGGUGCUGUUAAGCUAAUGAUGUCAUUUGAUUUUGUAUUUAUUUUGCAUCUUAUGCAAGAACUCAUGGGAAUAACCGACUUUCUUUGCAAGAAGUUGCAGCAAAAAUCACAAGAUAUAGUUAACGUCAUGCAUGACGUUGCUACCACAAAAGAACUAAUUUAG